AUGAUUUACGAACUUGCGCUACUUAUAUCCACCUUCCUUGGACUUUCCAUCUUUGUUAUUCCCUUUUCCCUGCUGCGAACAUGGACACGUAGGCAGGCGAGUAGUCGUUUCGAUUCUUCUUCUGCUCGUCAACGGCACCCAACGAAGUUGGAUGAGCAGGUCAACGCGAAACGUCCGUUGAAGGUUGUGUUUCUUCACCCCGAUCUUGGCAUUGGUGGCGCCGAACGGCUUGUCGUUGACGCUGCUAUUGCACUUCAGAGGUACCAGAAAGUGACGCCUGUGCAAGUUAUUAUUGUGACAAACCAUCAUGAUCCCCAGCGUGCUUUUGCUGAGACGGUGGACGGGACAGUGACCGUGCAGGUAUUCGGUUCGUGGCUUCCCGCCUCCAUAAAGGGGCGAGCCAAAGUGUUUGCUGCAACCCUUCGCAUGUGCUGGGCGGCGUGGGUUACGUGUUGGAUGCACCCUGAUGCGGACUGUUUCAUGGUGGAUCAAGUAGCCGCAGUUCUUCCGCUGCUCUCAUUUGUGGCACCGCAAAUUCCUCGGCUCUUUUAUUGUCAUUUUCCCGAUCAGUGCUGUGACGGGAACCGCGAUGAAAACCAGCAAUACAAGAAGAAACCGUCUAUCUUUCGCCUGCUUUAUCGGAAGCUAUUUGAUGAGGUUGAAGUCUUUGCUAUGAACUAUGCCAGCAGUAUCGUGUCGAAUUCCAAAUUCAGUAGAGCGGCUACUCUGAAGGUUUUUCCCAAACUAAGCAACAGGAUUGACGCCGAGGCUGACAUAUUCUACCCUCCUGUGUCAUUGGCUGUUAGGGAAGGAGCUAAACCUAACGGUGACACAAAAGUAUUUGACACCGAGGAACUCGACAAGCUCCGGGACGCUAUUCAGGGAAGAAGUGUGGUGCUCAGUAUCAACCGCUACGAGCGUAAGAAGAACCUUGUAUUGGCUAUUGAAGCAUUUGCACGUUUGUUAAACUCGGGGAAAACGACAUGCAGUGGUGCUCCGUUGCUCGUUCUGGCUGGUGGGUACGACACACGGUUGGAAGAGAAUGUUGCACAUUUGAAUGAGCUCCAAAAGGUUGCUGACACAUACAAGCUUAUGGAUAGUCAGAUUCUUUUCCUGAAGAAUAUAACCGAACUCGAAAAGCGCUACCUUCUUUCCCAAUGUUGCUGUCUUCUCUACACACCCACAUCGGAGCAUUUCGGUAUUGUUCCGACUGAGGCAAUGAUUAGUGCGAAGCCAGUUGUAGCUGUCAACCGCGGUGGACCAUGUGAAAGUGUGGGUGAAGGUGGCACACUUUGUGACCCAACGCCUGAGGCUUUUGCGGAGGCUAUACUUUUAUAUCUGAAUGAUGAUGAAUUAAGGAGGCGGGUGGGAGAGGCGGGAAGGAAACGGGCGAGCGAUGUUUUCACUAUUGAAAGGUUUGGGGAGAAGCUGGCCACACGUUUUGUGAAGCUAUGGACUGAAACGAACGCGGCUAUGGGCAGAGCGGCGUUUUGGGGGAAAUGGCUUGAGGGAGGAAAAAAGGCGGACUGA